AAAGAGGAGAGGAACAAACAAACAAACAAACAAACAAACAAAAACGUUCUCUACCAAGGUCACCAAGAGGGGCUAGAUUGACCUUCGCGAUGGUGACCUCCGGGGGUGUCACCUUGACCUGACCCCCCUACCCCCACCCCCUUGGACCCCCCCUCCAUCCCUUCCCCUUCAUCACCAUUCCCCGUGAGAGCUGAUGAUGGUGAUGAUGAUUGUUACCUGAGGAGUGUGAGGACAGUUCAUCUUGGACGCUGAAUAAACUCAAGAAAGGAAAAAAAAGAAAAUUUGGUAAAUGAAUGAAUUAAUAGAUAAGGAAAGUAAAAAGGGAAAGUCAUUAUCAGGACAGUAAAAGAAAAGGUUGAAAAAUAAGAAGACAAGAAGAAAAAAGAAGAGAAAAGAGAGAUAAAAGGGGAAAGGAGACAAACACAAAAACUUAAACAAAAGGACAAAAAACACAAGGAAAAAAAGUAGAAAAGGAAAGGAAAGGAAAAUAGAAGAAAUAAAAGGAGAAAAGGAGAAAAGGAAAGGAAAGGAAAAUAGAAAAAAUAAAAGGAAAAAAGUAGAAAAGGAAAGGAAAGGAAAAUAGAAAAUAAUAGAAGUAGAAAUAAGAUUAGAAGAAAGGCGGAAAAUAAAGGAAAAUAAAAAACGAAAAAGGAAAACAAGGAAAAAGGGAGAAAAUACGAGAUAAAUAAAAAGAUAAAGUUGGAAAAUACGUAAAAAAGAGAAAAAUAAAACAAAAACACGAAAAAUAAAAGAAGUAGAAAAUUACAAGAAACAAAAAAGCGGAAAAUAUAAAAAAAAGAAAACAGGAAAAGACAAAGAAAACACACACACACACACACACACACACACACACACACACACACACACACACACACACACCAUAAGCUGAUUCCGGGGCAGUAAGAAGCCAAACCAACCUACAGAAAAAGAGGAAGAAGAAGAGGAAGACAACGAAGAAGAGGAAGACAACGAAGAAGAGGAAGACAACGAAGAAGAGGAACACGACGAAGGAGGUGACGUCGGGGCGCAAAUAAGAAAACUUCAUUACAAGACGAAUCGUGCAGUGAACAUUGAAAGAGUGACUUGAGUGAGUGUUAUUAAGGCGGAAAGGUCACUAGGAAGGAUGUUUGAAGAAGAAGGAAAGAAAUUAUAUCAGGAAAACUAUUAUGUGGAGAAAGAGAAGUGACGGACAGAAAAAGAAAUAGUGAAAGAUAAUAGAACAAGAAGGAACAAAAAAAUAUACUUAGAAACGAACAGGAGAAUUGAAGGAAAAUUAUAAGUAUAGAAAAACAGGAAAGAAAUACAGAAAAGUGAAGGAAAGUUAAAAGUUAAGAAAAACAGGAAAAAACAGAAAAGUGAAGGAAAGUUAAAAGGAAUAAAAAAAAAAACUUAGUGAAAUAAAAUAGAAAGUAAAAAGAAAAUAGAAAAGGACAUAGAGAGGAAAUUUAAAGGGAAACUAAUCAUAUAAACAAACAAACUCGUGAAGUGAAGGAAAGAUUAAAGUAAAACAACAACAACAACAACAACAACAACAGAGACAAACUUGCACACACACCAUCAUAGAAAACGGGGAACAGGUUGACUCCCAUAACUUUGAACGGGUGACUCAAAGAAAAAGAAAAUCAUCAACAAAAAAGAAAAAAAACAACGAACAACAGAAGAAACAGUGAUACAGAAAACUCGAAAAGACACUUAAAUAGAAAACGGAGAACAGGAGACGCUAGAACCAAACAGUGGAGGGAUAACUCGAAAGAAAAAGGAAAACAAACAAAAAAUAACAAAAACAAAAAAAUAUAGAAGCAGAAACCGAAGAAAACGUAAAGACAUUCAACAGAAAACGUGAAUAACAAAGAAAACGGACACGAGGGUAACAAAUAGACCCAAAUUCAAGGGGUGACUAUCCUACAUACACACACACACCAUGGCCCCACCCACGCCCACACACCGCAGAACGCCCCCCACCACCGCCCCAUCCACGCCCACAGAGCCUAAGGGGGGCGUGUGGUGGACGAGGGGCAGGAGCAGCGGUGCCAAGUGUUGCAGUGUUUUGGGCAGAGAGUGUUUCGUCGUGGUCAUCCUCACCUUCUCUCUCCUGUCCGGUGUGUGCGCGGGGCAGCCUGACUUCGCCGCGCCCCUCAACAAUGUCUCCGUACCCGUGGGGAGGGACGCGACCUUCUCCUGCGUCGUCAAUGACCUCGGGGGUUAUAGGGUCGGAGGCGGCCGGAACGAGGCACUUCAGGUCGGGUGGGUGAAAGCGGAUACCAAGGCCAUCCAAGCUAUCCACAAGCACGUCAUCACCCACAACUCCCGCGUCUCCGUCAGCCACUCCGACCACAACACCUGGAUGCUACAUAUUCGGGGGGUGCAGGAGGAAGACAGAGGACCUUACAUGUGCCAGAUAAACACAGACCCCAUGCGAUCUCAGAUCGGGCACUUGGAGGUCACUGUGCCGCCCGAGAUCCUUGACGCCACCUCCUCCUCCGACGUGAUGGUGCCGGAGGGGUCGAACGCGGCUCUGUCCUGCACGGCGCGCGGUUACCCACGGCCCAGCAUCACGUGGAUCAGGGAAGACAAGAAGCCGCUCUCUCUCAGGACCAACGACGUAGCCAAGCCCAAGGAGAAGCACAUGAGCUUCGAGGGCGCGGUGCUGAACCUGACGCAGAUCACGCGCUCGGACAUGGGGCCCUACCUGUGCAUCGCCAACAACCAGGUGCCCCCGCCCGUCAGUAAGCGGAUCAUCGUGCAAGUCACCUUCCGCCCGGUGAUCCACGUACCCAACCAGCUGAUCGGCGUCCCCCUGGGCAGCACGGCGACCCUCGUGUGCAACCUGGAGGCCUCCCCCAAGUCCAUACAGUACUGGACCAGGGACUCAGGCGAGAUGAUCAUCACCAACAACGAUUACCAGGUCUCCGAGAAGCUCACCAACUACUACAUGACCACCAUGACGCUCAACAUCACCGCCUUCCAGCGCCAGCACGCCGGCGUCUACCUCUGCACCGCCAAGAACUCGCUAGGGGAGACGCAGGGGCGGAUCGAGGUCUACGAGAUCGACAUCGCCACGCCGCCACCGGAGGAAGAAGAGGAAGAGAAGGAGGUGGAGGAGGAGGCGGAGGCGGAGGAGGACGGGGCGGAUGGGGGGCGGGGCACUCACACCACGGGGCGGGGCCAGGAGAUGAAUAACGAGGUGGGGUACGGGGGGGAGGGGGGGCGGAACGGACACCUCCCCCGCCCCCAUGACCCCCCGAACCGCUACCAGGAGGGGGGUCGGAGGGGUCACGGGGCCCCCAACACCAGGCCGAACCUCCGCGGGGGGAAAGCGAAGGACUCCAGCAGACGAUUCCCCCAUGGUGAGGACGCCGCGCCCCGCCCCACCAGGAACCCGUGGUGGGGAGAGGAGUCCAGCGCCCCCUCCCCCCGGUUCUCGCCCCCCGUGGCUCUCCUGGGGGUGGCUCUGUGCCUUGGCCUUGCCGCCCCCCCUGGAGUGGUGGGCUGAGGCCGUGAGUCUGGCAGCGUGGCGAAGCAUAUCACUGUUGUUGUUUUUCUUUGUUGUAUAUAGUGCGUGUGUGUGUGUAUGUGUAUGUGUGUGUGUGUGUGUGUGUUCGUGUGUGUGUGUGUGUGUGUGUGUGUGUUCGUGUGUGUGUGUGUGUGUGUUUAUGUGUGUGUGUGUGUGUGUGUGUGUGUGUUCGUGUGUGUGUGUGUGUGUGUGUGUGUGUGUGUGUGUUUAUCCGUGUUUGUAUAAUGGGCAAGAGAGAGAGAGAGAGAGAGAGAGAAUGAAUUAUAGAAAAGAAACGGUGUGUGUGUGUGUGUGUGUGUGUGUGUGUGUGUGUGUGUGUGUGCUUGUAUAAUAUAUGUGUAUGAAAGAGAAAAUUAAUACAAUAGAAAAAAAAUGUGUAGUGUAUGUGUGUGUGUGUGUGUGUGUGAGUGUGAGUGUGAGUGUGUGUGUGUAUGUGUCAAUAGUGUUCUCAUCACCCCAACAUAGUCUAGAACACAUAUUUAACCCCCCACCCCCCACCAUCACCCCCCCUCAUCUCCCCCUCCCCCUCCCCCUCACACCAGUACUGGGGGGAGGGGGGAGAAGGGAGGAUAUAACAUACCUCUUCCCGUUCCCCUCUUAUCCCCCUCCUCCCACAUCCCCCUUCUCCCCCUCCCCCUCCCAUAUAGAGCUCAUUAAUAGGGGUAGAAGGGGGGAGGGGGAGGGGGGCAGCAUACCUACCCCCCCCCCUUCAUAUCAGGUUAAUAUACACCUCCUCCUCCUCCUCCUCCUCCUCUUCCUCCUCCUCCUCCUCCUCCUCCAUCAUACAGACAAUUGGCUUAGUAAACACUGAUUAUACGUACAUGUGUGUAAGUAUAUAUACAUACAUACAUACACACAUACAUACACAAACACACACGUAUAUUAGUACACACUGCAUGCCUACACACACACACACACACACACACACACACACAGACACAGACACACACACAAACAUAACCUACAUAUCGUUUUUGUAACAAGGUCGUCCCCGGGUCUUCUAGUUGUUAUAUAAAUGAAUGCUACACGUAACUAUAAAGAUAAAUAUACUAAAUAACGGACUAAAUACAUACAUGAACUAAACAGCUAAAAUAAAUAAAUAAAUAUAUAUGGAGAGACACUUUCCACGGAG